UCAAGCAAAUAAUCAACAAAGUAGCAACAUCAAAGAGAGCAAGACAGAAUGAUUGAACAACAUUCUGAAUAACCUGCGACAAAAACAUAUUUAAAAACACCCAAAUUAUGUCUCCAAAACCAACAUCCUUUUGGAAAGCUGAGCAAACUCUCAUCAAUCUUUUCAAACACUGUUCCACUCCCAACCAUUUGAAACAAAUACAUGCUCGUAUAAUCCUAACUGGUUUUCAUCACAACCUUAUUCUCGCAGGAAAGAUUAUCAUGUUUUCUGCAGAUAUCAGUUACGCACUUUCUGUGUUCCACACAGUUCACAAACCAGAUGCAUUUCUCUGGAACACCAUGAUAAGGGGUUUUGGGAAUUCCACCCUACCUCUAAAUGCUAUUCAUUUCUACAAAAGAAUGCAGCUUGCAAGAGAAUGUGUUGUUCCUGAUAAUUUUACCUUUUCUUUCUUGCUUAAAAUUGUUGCUAGAUUAGGAUCAGUUACCUUGGGGAAGCAACUGCAUUGUAGUGUCUUUAAGUUUGGUCUUGAAUCUCAUGUUUAUGUUAGGAAUUCUCUUAUGCAUAUGUAUGGUAUGGUGAAUGAUAUAAAAGGUGCACACCACUUGUUUGAGGAAAUGCGUGAACCGGAUUUAGUUGCAUGGAAUUCUAUUAUCGACUGUCAUGUGUAUUGUGGAAAUUACAAUGAAGCACUUGAUUUGUUCACGAGAAUGCAAUUGCAAUUGCAACCUGAUGAUGCCACUUUGGUAGUGAUCCUUUCGGCUUGUGGUGCAAUAGGAGCACUUGAUUUUGGGAGGAAGGUUCAUUUGUUUAUACGAGAUAAUAUUAAUAAUCUUGGUGAAAGUAUAUCGGUCUUUAACGCGCUUGUUGACAUGUAUGCAAAGUGUGGUGCUGUGGAAGAAGCCUAUGAGACAUUUAGCAACAUGAAAAGGAAGAACUUAGUUUCGUGGAAUGUCAUGAUUCUCGGGCUUGCUUCCCAUGGUAACGGAGAAGAGGCUUUGUUGCUUUUUACAAGAAUGCUACAAGAGAAUGUUGAGAGACCGAAUGACGUUACUUUCUUGGGAGUGUUGUGUGCUUGUAGUCACGGAGGAUUGGUUGAUGAAGGAAGACGGUAUUUUGAUAUUAUGAAUCGAGACUAUAACAUCCAACCUACAAUAAAGCAUUAUGGGUGCAUGGUGGACCUUUUGGGCCGUGCUGGUUUAGUCGUGGAAGCAUACGAAUUGAUAAAGAACAUGCCUGUAGAGUGCAAUGCUAUUAUAUGGAGGACAUUGUUAGCUGCAUGUCGAAAUUAUGGAAAUGUUGAACUUGGCGAGAAGGUAAGAAAACAUCUAUUGGAAUUGGAACCAGAUCAUAGUAGUGAUUAUGUUCUUCUUGCUAACAUGUACGCAAGCACGGAUCAAUGGAAUGAAAUGACCAACGAGAGAAGAUCAAUGCAAGAAAGGAGAGUUCGGAAACCAGAGCCUGGGAAUAGCUUUAUUGGCAUUCCUGGAAUGAAGUUGGAGAAAGAGUCUGUUGAAAGAUUGUCGUAACACUGUCCAGAAGUUUUCCUUUAAGCCUUAAACCAUUGUCAACUUAUUAGAAUUAAAAGUUGUGUAGCAAUUAGUGAAGUCUAUACCAAGUACAUAUUUGAAAAUUGAUUGUUAUAUUUUUUUGAUUCAGGUUUCUUUCUUUAACUUCAUUUACAUGGAAGAAUGAAUACCAGCCUGCAGCAAUGGGCAGCAAUGUAUGUCUUACAGCAGCAAGAGUCUCAACUAACUUUUAUGUCUUCUACUCUUCAUCCCUUCACUCUCUAAGACUAAAACUAUGAUUAAGCACGCUACCCCAUUAAAUGAAUCCAUAUAUUUGAAGUUUUACUUACUUAGUUGACAGAUGCAAGAGCAGCUUUAAUACAAUCCAAAGAUUUGGCACGAGUCUAUACCUCUCAAAAUCCAAAGAUUUGGCACGAGUCUAUACCUCUCAAAGUUUCGGUGUUUACUUAACAAUUAUUUCAAAAUAACAUUGCAUAUAAGGAUAAUCUAUUAGAGGAAUUGUUAGUGUCCAUGCAACCUUAUGCACUUAUUCUUUGAAUGUCCUGUGUUUUCUACAGUUUGGAGGAGAAUUUAUUUAUGGCUUGGUGUCAUAACAAUAAUGAGA